GUUCUAUUUCCCCUACUUGUUGCAACUAUCCUGGCGUCUGCCAUUCAUCAUCAAGAGCACAUUCUUGAUCUUGCGACACACCUAGGUACAAUGCUGUGAAAUCAAUCCCAUAACAUGUCUGGUCAACCAUUCUCCUUCCCACCUCCUCCGCCUCCUCCGCCUAAGCGAGCCACAGAACCAGUCAACCGACCGAGCAACAACAACUUUUCAUCUGAUCGAGGAUCCUCUAGAGGUUUUGGGAGAGGUGGUCGAGGAGGGAGAGGAGGGGGUCACUCACAUGGUCCAUACCACUCCAAUCACAGACAACAACAACAUGGGUCUCACCGUGGAGGAGGAUGGAAUGGUCCCCAAAAGAGAGAUUACAAUACUGCCUUCAAGCCUGCGAACAACCAACCCGGCCGGCCGGUAUCUGCAGCCUCCCCGGCAGUACCGAGUUUUAACGCCUCCAUCGAGCAUCUCCUCCCACGAAAACCAGCACCACAAGCUGCGCCUCAGCCACAGCCACCGACUCACAAGGUAGAAAAUGCCCAGAAGAAACAGAACCUCCUUGGCCUGACGCCGAUGAAAGUCGAUCCUGCUUCCGAACCGGAGGACGACGAGGGCGAAGAGGCAAGACUGGCUGUUCAAAACAAAGUUUCAUCAGGCUUAGAGAUCGAGUAUGGUGGGCACAACAUCAUCCUGCGCACGCCGGCUGAAAUAGCGGCCUGGAUAGCGGAGAGAAAGAAACGAUACCCGACUCAGGCCAAAGUCGACGCCGCGAAGAAGGAAGCCGAAGAGAAGAAGCGACGGUGGAAAGAGGAGAAGGCCGCAAAAAUGCAAGCCGCGCGUGAGGCACGAGAGCAGGCCCUCGAAGCACGAAGACGACAGCGUGAAUCAGUCCAGUCAAAGAAAUCGCAGUCACAAGCGCGGACACAAGAUACAAAACAGCCUGACUCGGCGGGACAUGCCAAAACAAAAGCGGAAAGGUUACGUGCAAAGGCUCUCAAAGCCCAAGAACGACUAGCAAAGGCCGAGGAAGCGUUGAGACUUGCCGAAGAGCAUCAGCAGCCUAGCUCUUCGAUUACAAACAACCAUCAGGUCAAGCCACCAGUCGCUGAUGACACAUCAAGUUCAGACCUGACGGAUUCGGAUGCUACUUCGUCUUCUGGCUCUGAUUCUUCUGAUUCUGAUUCAGACUCGGACAGUGACGGGAACUCCGACUCUGCGUCUGGGAGUGACUCGGAUGAUGCAGACUCGGGUCCAGAAGUUCUCAGCACGAAACGGCUGGCGCUAGAACAUCAUGCUCUCUCCAACGCCUCUUCGAGACCACCGACAUUGCCGUCGACGUCUCAACCUGCAGCACCAGAAAUGUGUAGGGCGUUUGCAAAGUAUGGACGUUGUAGAUUCGGAAAACACUGUCGGCAUUCGCACGAUGUUCAACAUGCACGUGGCGGCGGCGGUGGUGGUAACAAUGGCAACUCGAAACGUGACAAAACCCAAACGGUGGAUGGAUCGGGUUCUGGUCGAAGAAAGGGGUUAUGGCAAGUCAUGGUGGAACAGGAGCAAGAUGAGGAGAGAAAGAUGUUGUUACAGGCCAUUGUGACGUUGGGAGAGAAUGGUAUUCUCGAUGAGCCAAAGUCUAUAAAGUGA